AUGCCUCGCUACAGGAGUACAAGUCCCUGCAACUCCUCGUAUUCCUCCCCCCGACACCAGCAACCUCCUCUGCGUAGAUCGAUAGGACUAAAGCCACUCUUUGAGGAGCUUGGUUACAACUACGGCUUUGCGAGAGCCGAUCCUGAGAAAUACUCGAGCUACUGUUUAGUCUACCGGACUUUGCUAAGUAGACUUGAAGAAACUGGCCUAACCUGCCGAAUUCGUGCUGAUGAAAGUGAGAUUCGACUCACAGAGCUAGAGGGCCCACUUGGAGAAAGGGACAAAGUCAAGAUUUUCGCAAAUGAUGUAAUCAGUUAUUACAAAUUCAAUCACCGAGCAAAAUUUGUUGCUAUUUGCAUUGACGCCAAUCGCCGGAAGAAGACAGGUUUCUGGUUCCUGUGCUUUGAAAGAGAAGGUCAACUAACAGCGUUCUGUAAAUAUCUUAAUUGGCUCUUUGGAUUGGACGUCGACGAUUCAUACGAUAGUCUGGAUGAGGACAGAGUGAGUUAUGUUGACCGAAGGUCGGGAAGUUCCCAGUCGUUUUCCUUGAGUCAGGUGGGAAGAUUCCGCCAUUAUGAAGUUCCUUCCAAGGGAAGAUACUUUGCAGACUCUAAUGACAGUGGUUUUACGGAGACGGACAGCGGAACCUACACCUCCAGCACCUUUACCCCCCCUUUCCCCCCAGGCAGAUCGUCUUACCCCAGGCACCCACCGCGCAAGCCAAGUAGUAGGAGGAAUUUCAGAAAAUGGUAA